AUGAGUUAAGAUAAAAAGUUCUAUUUUAAUUUUACAUCCCCCUUUGAAUCGGUUAGAUAAAUUGAGAUUUUUCCAAAGUCACCAAAAGAGAGGUUCUUUGUUCCAAAAAAUGAAUAGUUUAAGUAGAAGACCCUUGUACUUUAGAGGAAUUGUCUUAUCAUUUGUGACAAGAAGGGCGCUUCCAAAAAGUAUUUUAACAUAACAAAUGCUUUAUUAGAGAUAGUUAGCCAUCCUAAGUUGGGCCUUGGGAUAUCUUUAACUAAAAAUGAAGAAAACUUUACGUUUUAUGGACUUGUUGAAUAAUGGUUUGCAUAUAUGAAAAAAUGGUGUAUAUAGCCCCAUUUUUCUAAAGCAUAUAGCAUUAUUGCCUUGAUUGGCUAAGGAAGUUUUGCUAAAGUACUUAAAACAUAUACAUUAAAGGUUUUUAAAAUUCAAAGAAUCAGUGAUAGGAAAGAAUUUGCGGUGAAAGUUUUUGAUAAAACAUUAAUGCAAUCUUAGGAUUAAGCGUCCCUUCUUAAAGAAAUCGAACUUUUAAGAGUGAUGAACCACAAGAAUAUUAUCAACAUUUAAGAAGCAUUUGAAAACGACUAAUAUAUCUAUAUAGUCCAUGAUCUGUAUAAAGGAGGAGAAUUACAUAAGGAACUAAUGAAAAACAAGACUUUCUCAGAAAGAGGAGCAUUUAUCAUAGUUUAAUAACUAGUUGAGGCGUUACAUUAUGUGCAUUCUCAUGGUAUACUUCAUAGAGACAUUAAACCUGAAAAUAUCAUUUUAAGAGAAGAAGGAAUAAUUGAUUAGGUCGUUCUAGCUGAUUUUGGUUUGGCAGAUUAUUACAGAAAAGAUUGCAAAUAUAUGUUUACAAGAUGUGGAACGCCAGGCUAUAUAGCACCAGAAUUAUUAUAGGAUAAAAUUUAUGAUCAUAAAGUUGAUGUGUAUAGUUGUGGUGUCCUCUUUUAUUAUCUUCUAGUUGGAAAAGGACCUUUUGACUCUAAUACUUAAGAUGCAAUAGUAAAAGCAAAUUAGAAUGGUCAGAUUGAUUUAACUUAAUUCACUUUUACAAAUGAAUGUCUUGAUCUUUUAAGAGGUAUGUUGGAUUCAAACCCUCAUAACAGAUUUACUCUUGAUCAAGUUAAAUAAAGUUCUUUCUUUAAAAGACAUAUGGUUGUGAAUAAUCAAACAAGUAGCUCUACAUCUUUAGAAAGCCUAAGUAAUUAAUCAGAAUCAUAAACAAAUUCCCUAUAAUCAUCGCCAUAUCAAUAACAAAUAUAUCAAUAAGAAUUAAAAAGCAAAUAAGUUUAAUAUGCAUCUCCUUUAUAAUUGCCUUUGAGAGUUAAGUCCCCAAAUUUAUCUCCAUUAAAAGAUCCUUAGCGUCAGAUUCUCAAUUUACAGAGAGUACCUAUUAAGAUAUGA